CCGCUCUGCCAUCAGCGCCAGCUUGUCCAUAGAGAACGGCUCGUACCAGAUCACUUGUCAAGGCGCGGGCCCUCUCGUCACCCUGCGUCUCCAGGGGCGUUCCUACCACGUGGACUGGGAGGAGAUAACGGAGGAUGGUGUAGCGCACUUCAUCAACAUCCUCAACAAGUCACCUCUGACGAAGCUGGAGCUCGCCCUCGAGGUCGACUCCGAGUGCGACUUCAUGGACCAAGAGCUCUUCGACAACAUUCUAGACGCUUUCCCCCAGCUCCAGGAGGUUCGCCUGCGGAGCAAUGUAACCGGCGCCGACGAAGGCGUCGACGACGUACCCGUGCAACUCCUCUGCCAAUCUCUCGGCUCUCGUAGCUCGGCAGCCGUCGGUGGAGGCGCCAGGGUCCGCUGCCCGAACCUCAAGGUCCUUCACGUGCACCAGCAACAGAACGGCGGAGAGUCGGUCCUCCCCGCGCUCGUCGAAUGCUUGUUCAGCCGGGAGGCAGGAGACGCGCGCGAUCUGGAGCUGUUGGCAGUCACAUUGCGUCGCUCGGGAGCAAAGGACUGGCGGAAAUCCGAUAUGACCCAUAAAGCGAUCUUCGUCCCUAUGGUCAGGCGGUAUGAGUUGACUGACGCGGGUCAGUGAUGGUGACCGCGGCGUCUCUUCGCACAUCACGGUUCAGUAAAUUAUGUGAACGCCGUUGCCAAGCGUAUGCCUUGUCCUUUUGUAAAAUAGAUUGCUCUUUAUGGCCGCAUUCCC